UCUUCUUCUUCAGCGAAGUGUUUUCGAUGGAGGUCGAGAUGGAAUCCAUGGCGUCGGCGAUCGGGGUCUCGGUGGCCGUGCUUCGAUUCUUGCUCUGCUUCGCCGCGACGAUUCCGGUGAGCUUUGUGUGGAGGUUUGUCCCCGGCGCUGGCCUGAGGCAUCUCUAUGCGGCGAUCUCUGGGGCAGUGCUCUCUUACCUCUCUUUUGGGGCCUCAUCUAAUCUCCACUUCUUGGUAUCCAUGGCUUUUGGGUAUAUCUCUAUGCUGCUUUCCCGUAGGUACUGCGGCAUCAUCACAUACAUCACUGCGUUUGGAUAUCUUAUCGGAUGCCAUGUGUAUUAUAUGAGUGGAGAUGCAUGGAAGGAAGGAGGCAUUGAUGCAACUGGGGCUCUUAUGGUGUUGACACUGAAAGUUAUUUCAUGUGCUAUAAAUUAUAGUGAUGGGCUAUUGAAAGAAGAAGGGUUGCAUGACGCACAAAAGAAAAACAGAUUGCUUCGUCGUCCGUCUAUAAUUGAAUAUGUUGGUUACUGUCUCUGCUGUGGCAGUCAUUUUGCUGGACCAGUAUAUGAAAUGAAGGAUUAUCUAGAAUGUACUGAAAAGCAAGGGAUUUGGACUUGUUCUGCAGACAGACCGUUACCAUCCCCUUAUUUUGCCACUUUACGUGCUCUAAUUCAAGCUGGCAUAUGCAUGGGCUUAUACUUGUAUUUGGUGCCACAUUUUCCACUUUCACGGUUUAGUGAACCUGUAUAUUAUGAAUGGGGAUUUUGGCAGCGGCUUUUUUACCAAUAUAUGUCUGGCUUUACUGCUCGCUGGAAAUAUUAUUUUAUCUGGUCAAUCUCUGAAGCUGCAAUCAUCAUAUCUGGCCUGGGUUUCAGUGGCUGGUCUAACACUUCACCUCCUAAACCUAAAUGGGACCGUGCAAAAAAUGUUGAUAUUCUUGGUGUUGAAUUGGCCACCAGUGCUGUUCAGUUGCCGCUAAUGUGGAAUAUACAAGUCAGCACUUGGCUACGUCACUAUGUUUAUGAGAGGCUCAUUCUGAAUGGGCGGAAGCCUGGAUUCCUGCAGUUACUUGCUACACAAACUGUUAGUGCUGUUUGGCAUGGAUUAUAUCCUGGAUACAUCAUCUUUUUUGUUCAGUCAGCACUGCUGAUUGCCGGUUCAAAGGUAAUUUACAGGUGGCAACAAGCUGUUUCCCCAAAGAACAAUUUCCUGAGGACAAUCCUCACAUUGAUCAAUUUUGCUUACACUCUACUUGUUCUCAACUAUUCUUGCAUCGGUUUCAUGGUUUUGAGCUUGCAUGAAACAAUAGCUGCAUACAAAAGUGUGUACUUUGUCGGCACAAUUGUUCCUAUAGUCUUCUUUAUACUCGGUUACAUCAUCAAGCCGGCAAAACCUGUCAGGCCGAAAACCCGGAAGACCCAAUAAAUGAAAAACACUGAUCAUCCAGAGAUUUCUGUGAAAGAUAGAAAGCCUGAAGUGAUCUGAUAGUACCUGAUCAUAGCCUCAGACAGAUCAAGUUUAAUCUAUAAUCAUCUCAUGCAAGCUUAUACAGCUGCGAGUUCGGGUUUAAUCCUUUUUGCUCUGUUUUAUUGUCUGCUACAUUGUGCUCCAUUGCACUAUAUAUAUAUAUAUAUGCUUUGAUUUAUAAUUUAAGCUCUGAUUAUAUGAACUAGAAUCUUAUUUUUUUUAUUAUUAUUAACUUAUUUGGAUAUUUUUAAUUUCA